CGCCCGGGUGGUGGGCUGCACUCAUACUUAAGCCAACAACCGUCGGCGUCGGUUCGUGCCGUCGUGAUUCGCGCCGCGACGCCCAGGCGACGCUCUGCCGCGAGACUGUGUUAGUGUGUGUGUGCGUGCGUGUGUAUGUGUUAUGUGCGUGUUUGAGUGAGGACCCCUAGUGACAUGUGCUAGUGCCGUAAAACAUGACGAAUCAGCCAACGGAGCACACCCCGGAGCCCGGGACUCCCCUCCAGGAAGUGUCGCCGCACGACAUGGAGCCCGAGGCCCUGACGGACGCGUACGUCGAGGAGUUCGUCCUGGACCACCUCGAUGUGUCCGUCAAGCGCGAGAACCCGAACCUGGGCGCCAGCCCCGCGGGCGACGACGCCCAGCGGCGCCGGCCGCCGACCAUCCGCCUGCCCUCCAUGGCGGGCGCCAUCGUGUCCAUGCAGCAGCUGCAGCUGCAGCAGCAGCAACAACAGCAGCAGCAGCAGUCGCCCCCGCACCAGCUGCUGACGCCGCCCAGCCACCCGGAGCCCAUGUACCACCACAUGGGGCUCAUGCCCAUGCAGCCGCACGCCGCCAUGGUGCAGCACACGGGCGGCGUCCUCGUGUCCGCCAUGAAGACGAGCAUCGCGGCGUACGCCCCGCACGCCCCGCCGGACACCUCGACGCCGCCGGCCACGCCCAGCCCGGGGAGGACGUCGCCGGGGCUGCCCGCCUCGCAGUCCCCUCCCUCGCACUACGCCCUUGACCCCGAGCAUCACCCGCACAUACAGCAGCUGCGCGUGGGGGGCGCGGGGGGCCCGGCGGGGCAGCCGCCGUCGCUGAUGGACGAGAUGGCGUGGCUGCCCAACUCGAUGCGCCAAGAGCCGCUCGACUUCCGAACGUCGACGUCGAGCCGGCCGGACGGAGAACCCGGACCGGGCGGACCCAUGCAGCAGGACAUGACGUGGGGCGUGCCCGGGCCGCAGGGCCCCCAGGGCGCGGCGCUGCACCACCAGGGCCACACCUCGGUCAUCGCGGGCAUGAGCCCGUCCAAGCAGGGCAUCCUGCGCAUGCACCACGAGUACCUGCACGCGCCGCCGCACCACCCGCAGCACGUGCACGACGACAUGCGCGACAUGGCCAUGUCCCCCGGGCCCAUGGGGCACCCGCGGCCCAUGAGCUGCAGCGGCUCCGUCAUCUCGCCGCCCAGCAACCGGUCGUACUCGCAGCACCUGGGCUCCAUCGGCGACGACAUCAUCUCGGACGAGCAGCUCAUGUCGCUGACGGUGCGCGAGCUCAACAAGAAGCUGCACGGCUACCCGCGGGACGAGGUGGUCCGCCUCAAGCAGAAGCGGAGGACGCUGAAGAACCGCGGCUACGCGCAGAACUGCCGCUCCAAGCGGAUGCACCAGCGCCACGAGCUGGAGAACACCAACCGCGCCCUCGUCAGCCAGGUGAGGCGCCUGGAGAUGGACUUGGCCAGGAUGACCCAGGAGCGGGACCGGUACCGGGCGCAGGCCGCGGGCACCAGCCCCGAGUACCCGCCGUACCACCACCAAUGACGCCAGCUGCGCGCCUCUGCCUGGAGCUAGGCGCCCCCCGGGGCUCCUGCAGGCCGAGUGCGCCCCCGGGGUCACCCCCCAGGGUCGACCCCAGCCCCGUCGGACUGGUCGCCAAGACAGACAAUAAGUGCUCUUUAACCAGUGCCACGCGGCGUCAAUACUUGUAAGUUACUUUCUCUUCUCUCUGUCUUUGGAUUGUUAAGUUAGAUGCUCUAUUUUUUUGUAUGAACGUAGUGGCGUUGAUGUGUAUGAUAUGAUGGGGUUGGUUGAUGAAAUGUUCGUGAAUGCAGGCUGAGGCACAUAUUGUGGUAAUUUUAGUUAAUAAUGUACGUGAUUUUUUUCAUUCGUGGAUUGUUUCCACUUUGACGCACAUUCUCACUUGCGGUGAUGAUUCUCGCUCUCAUGAGACGUCCAGAAGCACAACAAGCUCCAAUAUGUAGUAUUAAUUCAUGGGACCGAAGAUGAAAUCCCGGCAAAUUUCAGGCGGAUUUUUUUGUGAUUUAAGUAAAGCGCGUAUUAACAUAUGCAGGAAAAACAUGCAGUAGGGUUUUGGUGUAAAACUGAUGUUUAUUUGGCCUGUUGUAUGACCUGUCGCCUGUCAUUCCCCAGCGGUUGCAGUACUUUGAUUAGUUACAGUUUUGUGUACGCCUUCAGCGGCUUGGUUGGUCAGUGGGACGACAAUAUACUUGAUUAUAGUACAACAUAUCGAACGACUUACGACUGUUGCGCCUUGUUUGUAUUCGUGCGUCCUGAGAUUUGAAAGUCAGCUACCUGGCUUUCAGGACCCGGUUCGCACAGCAAAGCUGUGGUCCGGCCGAACUCAAAUUACAGCGUAACGGGCGUUGGUAACGUGAAUUUAAGUAUCAUUAUUUCGGAUCUCUGGGACAGUGUUAUAAUGUACAUUUCAAGAAAUUUUUCUAUUGUAGAACCAAAUGUUAGACUUUGUCAUCUUUUAUUUAGUGUUCUUUAUAAAAUUUACCAGUCCCGUUCCAGUUAAUGUACAAAUUAAGAUAAGAUUAUUGUCAAAGGACAUCUUUUCCCCUUUAUUUUGUUUCGCAGAUUGUCGACUGAUAAAUUUAACGAACGGAAACAAGUAGUUUCACAACGUAGCUUGGGUGUAAUUUAAGUGAUUAAUAACAAUCAUGAUCCCAUGUUUGCAUCAAACAAAUCGAUUGUUUAUCUUGUGUUAUCAGACAUUGGAUGAACUCAUCAUUUUUAGUUUGUUUAACCCUUUUUCAGGUAGUAAAUUGUUGCAAAAUUAGAGAAGACUUAGACGGUUGAUAGUACAAAGCGGUUCAAUGUUCAAAGGUUUCUUUAUUUAUUUUUCAUUGCAAAAUAUUUUUAGAACCAUCCUAGAGUUUGCAUUCAUGUGUAUUAAUCUACUUAAAUUAACAUUGUUUCUUUUUCGGUUAUGACAUGUUUAUAUCCUAUGAACUAUAUCAGCACUUAGAUGAUCGUGACCUUUUCGAUUUACUUAAUACCUAUUUCAAAAGUUUUUAUCACUUUUCUAGUCGAAAUAUAACUGAAGUUUCCUAUAAUGAAGAUCAUCGAAAUUUUUAAAAAUGUACUUAUUUUAAAUUUAAUCCGAUAGGUUUUGGCUUAUCGCAAUAUGUUCUGUCGUGUCGUUAAAUUUAUGCAAAUGUAUACGAUUUUUGUUUUGAAUAUGUUGUAAAUCUUUGUUUUGUUUGGUUCCUUUACCUCUCCACUCGCGCAGCUGUUUAUUUUGUUCGUAAGUUAAGUUGAAAAUGCCUUAGUUGUGAUACUUUUUUUUAUAAUUUCGUGGGCAAUGUGGAGGUUUUGAGAUUUUAAGUAUGUGAGUGCUGGAGAGCGUCUGUGAUUCUGUAAAUAAAUCUUGACGGCAGGUUUUAUAUCGUUAUUUGUUACGCCUCGUAUGUUACUGUGCCCUGUAAUAUCAGAUGCUCAUAAGAGUUAGUGUUUUCUACAAAAUAUAAAAAAAGCCCAAAGUUCAGUAACAAAUAUCGUUCAAAAUUAAAAGAAUGUCCUCUGAAAUGUUUUCAUGUUGACUAUUGUUAGUCUAUCAGUUUUACUGAUAUCAAUAAAAGAAAAAUUCAAUCGCCGA